UUCAUGGGAAGCUUCCUGUUAUCCCGUAAAAAAAAAAAAAAAAAGAAAAAGAAAAAAGCCUGAAUGGCGUGAUGGACUGAUGCGAAGACAACUCAAUGGCAUGCUUGAGUCGGUACGUGGUGUCCUUCCAUUCCGUGACGAAAGUGGAAAUGGCGGUGGCGGUGGCGGUGGCGGAAACGGUGGUGACGGGAUUCCUUCGGCGGUACCCUGCUUAACAGCACUCCCAAAGUGCCGGUGGCCAGACGUGAAGGAGACAGUGCCAACAUCAUAAUGUUUGUAAAAGAACAUAAUGCUUUUGUGUUAUCAGCAUGUUUGUAUGUAAAUUUUUUUUUUUUUUUUUUGGGUAGGGUGGUAUUUUAAAAACCCUUUUAGCCUUAGGUGCUUUUAAGACCAUAAUAGGACAAAUUCAUCUUAAAGUACAUAAAAGUUGACUUAAAAA